AUUUCCACCUUUCUUCAUUUAUUUAUUUCGUCGGGACGGUGCACAUGAAUCAACGCAAGAAUAAACAGCGUAAAUGCGCCGCACUUAGCAUGAAUGCUAGUUUUCAGCCGCAGUCCCAAGGCAGCUUUCUAAAUUAGCAUAGUGAGACACAUCAAAGUUGAAGACCACAAUGACAGAAAUAAAAACCAAAGAGGUCGUGAAAGAAACAAGACAAACGGUUGCAGUACUCAAUUCCAAGACAAAAGACCAGGACAGACAAAUCACUUGGAACUACAAAUUGCUUGGCCAGACGCCCACUGGAACGGACUGCCGUCUGGAAACGCUGUUUAGUGGGUGCAUGUCUGAUGUACUUUUAGCCAAUGUUUCAGGUUUUUUUUUUUUUUUUGAAACGUGGAAUGGCACGGGCUAGUCAACCGAUCUGAUUCCCGACAAUGAUGUCACUUCACAAGGCCCCGCCCAUUAAACGGGCACAUCCAGCAAACAAAUGCAACACUAUAACAGACCUCAGAAACCAGUUUCUUUCUUCUCGCUCUCUUCUCAUCGUGUUGCAUAUUUUUUCUUGAUUUAAAAAAAAUGUUUGCUUUUUCUGGGCCCCUUUGGCGAAAACCCGCUCAUUUCAUUUCCGUCGAUUUUUGGAUGAAAAAUGAGGGAGAUUUCCCCGCGCUCGGACUUUUUCAGCCUUCUCAUUCUUCUUGUGCUCCCUUUUCCAUCAUCAUCAUCUUCUUCUUCUUCUUCUUCUUCCUGCCAACAGGUGGCCGCAAGCGGGAGCGCGCACACGGGCGACAGGCGCACUUUGAACUGCGCGCUCCCAAAUUCAAAGUCGUCUGCGAGCGAGUUGCGAUCGAGCGCGGCGUUCCGCUGGCCUUGCGACUCGCUUCCAAGUGUCGCGGGCAUGAGGACGACGGUCAUGAUAAUGCUGAAAAGGAGGAGGAGGAGGUGGAGGGAUGUGUGGGCGUGAGGGAUCCCGCAUCAAAAACGUCCCCCUGUGGAGAUCAUUAAAAAAAGCGACCGGCUGAAUUGCUGCCCGCACGAAGUUCCCAUGUGCAACAUCACUCAGGACGACACCUUCAUGCCCGGCAGCGUCUGUUAGCGUCCGUUAGCGCGAGGCGGGGCCAUGUCCCAGCUGUACUACCGGCGCUCGGACAGCUCGUCGUACCGCGACCGCAUCCCCCUGAGGAUCGUGCGGGCCGAGUCGGAGCUGUCGGCGUUGGAGAAGGCCUACCUGGGCGCCGUGGAGAAGGGCGACUACGCCAGCGUCAAGCAGGCCCUGCAGGAGGCCGAGAUCUACUUCAAGAUCAACAUCGACUGCAUCGACCCGCUGGGCCGCACGGCGCUGCUCAUCGCCAUCGAGAACGAGAACCUGGAGAUCAUCGAGCUGCUGCUGAGCUUCGGCGUUUACGUGGGAGACGCCCUGCUGCACGCCAUCCGCAAGGAGGUGGUGGGUGCCGUUGAGCUGCUGCUCAACCACAAGAAGCCCAGCGGCGGCAUGCAGGUCCCUCCCAUCCUAUUGGACAAGCAGUUCUCGGACUUCACGCCGGACAUCACGCCCAUCAUCCUGGCGGCGCACACCAACAACUACGAGAUCGUCAAGCUCCUGGUGCAGAAGGGCGUGACCAUGCCGCAGCCACACGAGGUCCGCUGCAACUGCGUGGAGUGCGUGUCCAGCUCGGACGUGGACAGCCUGCGCCACUCGCGCUCGCGCCUCAACAUCUACAAGGCGCUGUCCAGCCCGUCGCUCAUCGCGCUGUCCAGCGAGGACCCCUUCCUCACCGCCUUCAGGCUCAGCUGGGAGCUGCAGGAGCUCAGCAAGGUGGAGAACGAGUUCAAAUCGGAAUACGAGGAGCUGUCUCAGCAGUGUAAGGAGUUUGCCAAAGACCUGCUGGACCAGACCAGAAGCUCCAGAGAACUGGAGAUGAUCCUCAACUACAGAGAUGACGUCAACCUCCUGGAGGAGGAGGGCAACGGAGACCUGGCCAGACUCAAGUUGGCCAUCAAGUACCACCAAAAAGAGUUUGUAGCGCAGCCCAACUGCCAGCAGCUGUUGGCGUCGCGCUGGUACGACGAGUUCCCAGGCUGGAGGCGGCGCCACUGGGCCGGCAAGUUCCUGACGUGCGUCUUCAUCGGGCUGCUGUACCCGGCGUUCGCCCUGUGCUACCUGGUGGCCCCCAAGAGCCGCUACGGGCUGUUCAUCCGCAAGCCCUUCAUCAAGUUCAUCUGCCACACGGCCUCCUACCUCACCUUCCUCUUCCUGCUGCUGCUCGCGUCGCAGCACGUCGUCACCACCGAGCAGGACCGCCAGGGUCCGGCGCCCACCACCGUGGAGUGGAUGAUCCUGCCCUGGGUGCUGGGCUUCAUCUGGGCCGAGGUCAAGCAGAUGUGGGACGGAGGUUUCCAGGACUACGUCCACGACUGGUGGAACCUGAUGGACUUUGUCAUGAACUCUCUCUACCUGGCCACCAUCUCCCUGAAAAUGGUGGCCUACGCCAAGUACGGCGGCAGUAAGCCGAGGAACCAGUGGGAGAUGUGGCACCCGACUCUGGUGGCCGAGGCGGUGUUCGCCAUCGCCAACAUCUUCAGCUCCCUGCGUCUCAUCUCGCUCUUCACGGCCAACUCCCACCUGGGACCGCUGCAGAUCUCCCUGGGCCGCAUGCUGCUGGACAUCCUCAAGUUCCUCUUCAUCUACUGCCUGGUUUUGCUGGCUUUCGCCAACGGGCUGAACCAGCUGUACUUCUACUACGAAACCAAAGCCUCGGAUGAGCGGGCCAAGUGUAAGGGCAUCCGCUGUGUGGAACAGAAUAACGCUUUCUCCACGCUGUUCGAGACCCUGCAGUCGCUGUUCUGGUCCAUCUUCGGCCUGAUCAGCUUGUACGUGACCAACGUGGACGCCGACCACCAGUUCACCGAGUUUGUGGGCGCCACCAUGUUCGGCACGUACAACAUCAUCUCGCUGGUGGUGCUGCUCAACAUGCUCAUCGCCAUGAUGAACAACUCCUACCAGCACAUCGCGGACCACGCCGACAUCGAGUGGAAGUUCGCCCGCACGAAGUUGUGGAUGAGCUACUUUGAGGAGGGGGCCACCCUGCCGCCGCCCUUCAACGUCGUCCCCAGCCCCAAGUCCGUCUGGUACCUGGUCCGCUGGCUGAGGACACGAGUGUGCCGGGGCGACGGCCGCGCCCGGCGCGACACCGUCGGCACGCUCGGGAGGCGAGCUGCGGAGAACCUGAGAAUAAAUCAUCAGUACCAGGAGGUGCUGCGGAACCUGGUGAAGCGCUACGUGGCCGCCAUGAUCCGAGACGCCAAGACGGAGGAAGGCCUGACGGAAGACAACUUUAAGGAGCUGAAGCAGGACAUCUCCAGCUUCCGCUACGAGGUGAUGGGCAUGAUGAAGGCGGGGCGACCGAUCUUGCAGUGCGGCGCCGGCGGCCCGGCCGAGUCCGCCCCCUUCAAGAUGGCCGCCGGCGCGCCGGCCAAGAGCAAAGCCAACCGCUUCAAGAUGGCCGCCUCCCUCCUCCGGCGCAUGGCAUGGACCCCCGAAGCCCCGAACGGGCUCCCCAACGGCUCGGCUCCCUUGCCGGGUCGCGGCGAUGCCGGCGACUUGGCCGCAUUCCGCGAGCGACAUCCCCUCGGGGGCGGCCACCACCGAUGGCGUGGCGCCCGCCAGGCCGGGCCCCCGGAACUUUCCAGAAAAAUGUACCCGCUAUCGGAGGAGGCGGAAGAGGACGAAGAGGGCCCAACCUGUCUGGAUGUAGCAGAACAGGAAGACGAGAGCGUGGCCUGAACUUUGACUUGCCCCUCGAA